AUGCCGGCCCUGGACCGCGAAGGCGCGGGAGAGCUCUCUCCCUACCAGAGAUUGAGCCAGCGGAUGCAGGAUGUCACCGGAGACAGGGGAGUGUUAAAGGAGGUCAUCUGUGAGGGCACUGGAGACUUGGUGACCCCCGAUGCUUCUGUGUUAGUGAAAUACUCUGGGUAUCUGGAGCACAUGGACAAGCCCUUUGACACCAACUGCUACAGGAAGAUCCCUCGACUAAUGAAGCUUGGAGAAGAGAUAACCCUGUGGGGGAUGGAGUUGGGCCUGUUAACGAUGCGCAAAGGCGAGUUGGCCCGAUUUCUCUUCAAGCCACGCUAUGCCUACGGGGCACUGGGCUGUCCACCCUUGAUUCCGCCCAACACCACGGUCUUGUUUGAAUUGGAGCUGCUGGACUUCCUUGACUCUGCCGAGUCAGACGAAUUCUUCGCCCUUACUGCUAAGCAACAGGACGUGUUCCCCCUAGAGAAGGUGCUGAAGGUGGCUGGCACAGAACGUGAAUUUGGCAACUACCUCUUUCGCCAGAACCGCUUUCACGAUGCCAAGGAGAGAUACAAAAGGGCCUCCUUGAUUCUUUGCCGCAGGCCUUUUCACCCUGAGGAACAGGGGCAAAUAGAAAGUGCCAAACUCCUGGUCUUCCUUAACCUGUCCUUCACUUACCUCAAGUUGGAACGACCCACCCGGGCCCUGGUCUAUGGAGAGCAAGCCUUGGCUAUUGAUGAGAAGAAUGCUAAGGCCCUCUUCAGAUGUGGACAGGCUUGUCUUAUUAUGACUGAAUAUGAGCGAGCCCGGGAUUUCCUUGUCCGAGCCCAAAGAGAACAGCCUUUGAAUCAUGACAUCAACAAGGAGCUGAAGAAGCUAGCCAGCUGUUACAGACACUACAUGGAUAAAGAGAAGGAAAUGUGCUACCGGAUAUUUUCUCCUCUCCAUUCCUCUGCUGCGCAACAGGACUGAAGCUUCGUUGUGCCCAGCCUGGUCAGAGUUGGCAGAGGACCAGAACAGUCUCCAAGAUGGCAUUUCAGGGGCGGAGGUGGACAAAAAGAGCCCCCCCCCCCUCCAUGUUUCUCUGAGCUCAAAGCACCUACAGUUUCAGGCCAAACUCCUCCUGGGGCUUAACAGGCUGGGCACAUUCCUGGUGGCUGCUUUGGUUUCCAGCUCUCUGUACAGAGGAGGCCUGAGCAAGGCAGCCUGAAUGCCCAGGAAUGUGGCGCCUUUUCUGUUUGAGUGGGGCUUGGGGAAGCGGGGUGGGCAGGACAGUAUUGUGAACGGGCCUGCUUUCUCGGGUGCUGACCCUGUUAUAUUUUCCUCCUGUAGUCUUGAGGGGCUGCAGCAGCUCUGUAACAUCAGCUGCUGCCAAAUGGAGAAGCGCUCUCCCUUUUCUUGCCCCUGUGAGGUUAAAGGGGGUGGGGGGGGUUGUUUUGUUUUUUAAUGGAAGCUGUUCUUAGCUUUUCUCUCCACACCCUACCCCAGCAGCUGAAGUGCUUAUGUAAAUAGUUACACAUAAAGUUGGCUCUGUGUGUUUACAGAGGGUUUGUUGUUUUAAAGUAGAGAAUUAUGUUCAGAAUGUGUUAUUGU